AGGGCAACGCUGCACUUCCUGGUUACAGCCGGAUGUCAUGUAAACAGGAGAGAUGUCGGGGGCGCGCACACACUGAGGGGCUAGUCGCCAUAUCACCUUUCUUCAAAACUACAACAAAAAGAACAAGAAGACCAUUGUCUAAUAUUAAGCAGCCUAUACAAAUUAGAUUUCAUCGCAUUCAUUCUUUUCUCUGUUUUACUUCCAUAAUAGAAAACACCAGCUUCUCUGGAGCAACAUACAGGUAAAACUCCACAUACCCUGUGAUAUCAAAGACUGAAUAACAUGUUUAAGGCGAAAGUGCUUGUCGUUGGACCCACGGAGAGCGGUAAAACCAUUUUGGCCAAUUUUAUAUCUGAUGCAACAGAAACAAUAGGUGGCGAAUACAACCCCACUCAAGGUGUAAGAAUUCUAGAAUUUGAAUGUCCAAAUGGAAAUAAAGGCUCCUCUUGUGAAGUGGAACUUUGGGACUGUGGGGGAGAUUCAAAGUUUGAGAGCUGUUGGCCAGUGAUAAUGAAAGACUCACAUGGAGUAAUCAUAGUUUUCAGUGCUGAUAUUCCUAGUCAUCUCAAAGAGAUUGAAAUGUGGCACUUAAACUUUAUCCAGAAGCAGCGACUGCAGGAAAAUCGGUGUCUUUUGAUUGCACAUAAAAAGCCUGGGUCAGGGGAUGAAAGAGAACGUCUAAAUUUAUCUCCAGCCCUUGCUAAAUUAACCCUUAUAUAUUCCAAUCUGGAAGAUGACCCUGAGGAUGUAAGAAUGGAGUUAAUGAAAUACCUUCGAGGCAUAGUCAGUUCAUUGUCGGAGAGCAGAGACCGAGAGGAAAUGUCCAUUAUAACAUAAAAGAUGUUUAAAAACCUGCAUUUUGAAUUAGAUUUUUAUUUUUGUAAGUUUUUAUGAUUGAAAUCUAUUACAUGGGGAAAAGAAUAUAAGGACAUAAUUUUAUGUGAAAUAUUCCACUUUUUGUGAAAAAAUUGAGGAAAAUUACUGCUUAUGUUAGUUCAUCAGUAACCCAUGGCUAUAUUGCACCUCUUGAUCUAUCACUGAAAUAGUAAAACAGUUGAAUGUAAUGAGAUAUGAACUGUAGAAGCUGUUUGUACUUUUCAUCUUAUUCUCUGCUUAGCCAGUGGCUGUCCUAUUGCUCUUUUUCCUUCCAUCUGUUUGUUAUAUUCUCUACAAAUGGUCUGCUGUUAUCAAGGCAGCUUUGCAUUAUUCCAGAAUUUUGUGUAAGUGUAAGAUAGGAGGACCUCAUGCACAUGCACAGAGCUACAGAAUUAUAGACAGCGAGGAGGGAGGGUAAAUAUUAGGAGUGCAGAAUGGAAAGUAAAAGUGAAUUUAUAACAAGGUAUGGAUGUUUUAAUAAAAAAGAUUUUGGAAUUCA